AUGACGACACCACGUUUUGGUUGACGCACUUUCGUCGCAUUUAGGUUCUUGCAUUAAAUAUAUAUAAUUUCGUUACCUGGAUGGAACAUUAAAGGUCACAACACGUCAAGAGGCAUGGAUGACUCUCCUCUCAAGAUUUGUAAAUGAUAAUAUAUCUUUAUUAUGAAUUUAAUGAAAGUGCGCGCUUUAACACAUUUGUAUGGCGUCAAGCAGCAUGUCAUUGUGUUUAUUGAUAUGUCCGCCGGUAAUAUCGCAUGUGACAGUCUGCCUUUUCUGCUGAUAAUUAUAACAUUUUAGGUUAUAUCGAUUCUUAUUAGGCAUAUUGUUAACGUCACACGACUUCGCUGAAUUCGCCUGACUUUUUCAGCUGAAGCUAACACUGACGCUAGGGCUAGCAUGUCCUCUGUUGGUCUCAGUCUGCACAAGAAGAAGCAUCAGUAACGGCAGUUCAACAACAGGGCAGACGACUAUGUCGGCCAGUAAAAGUUUGCUUUAUUGUGUGAAGCACCGAGGUCUGUGGACAUAUUUUCGCAAGAAUGUCACAACAUGGUCACCUGUUGGGGCAGCAUUCAAUGCCAAACCGCAGAAGAGACUGGAAAUGUUUGAGAAAAAUGUGGGUUUGUUUGGUGUAACAGAGCUGAGUUCUCCUGCUGGAUUCCAGGUGGCCACAAAGACAGCUCUAAAGAACACACAGCUGCUGGUUGAAAAAGCAUGUUCUUCUUCUCCAGGGUUCGAGACUGUCACAGCUUUUGACCAACUCUCUGAUGGUCUUUGUAAAGUGGCAGACCUGGCGGAUUUUGUCAAAGUGGCACAUCCUGAUCCAGCGUACCGUGAGGCCGCAGAGAAGACGUGUAUUGAGAUCGGCACAGUCGUGGAGAAUUUGAACACCAAUGUGGAGCUAUGUAAAAGUUUGAAGAAUUUCCUGGACAGGCCUGACCUUGUGGCUCAGCUGGACCCAGAUACAAGAAGAGUUGCAGAGUUAUUCAUGUUUGACUUUGAAAUCAGCGGGAUUCAUCUGGAUGAGAAACUGAGGAAAGAGGCAGUUGCUCUCCAUGUGAAGCUCUUGGAUUUAAACAGCAAAUUCCUGGUUGGCUCUCACAUGCCGAACAGAAUCGCCAGGUCUGCCAUUCCCGAACAUCUCCACUUGCACUUUGCCAGCACAGGAAGUUUUGUGGAAGUUGGAGGAUUACAUGCAGACUCACCGGAUGAUUUGGUACGAGAAAUCGCCUACAGAAUUUACUUGUAUCCAAAUGGAGAUCUGAUGGAGUGUCUGGAGGAACUCCUGAGAUGCAGACAUAAGCUGGCCACACUGGUGGGAUAUGAGUCCUACGGCCACAGAGCCUUGAAGGGAACGAUGGCAACAACACCAGAAUCGGUGAUGAGGUUUCUUCAGCUCUUAACAGACAAGUUGUCAGACAGAACAGCAAAAGACUUUAAGAUGAUGAGCGACAUGAAGAAAAAGCUCAACCCUCGGAAUUCUGAGCUCAUGCCAUGGGAUCACCCGUUCCUCAGCGGAGUCUUGCGUGCUGAAAGGUACAACAUCGAACCCAGUCUGUACAGCCCCUACUUUUCUCUGGGGGCCUGCAUGGAGGGUUUGAACAUCCUCUUCUCUCAGCUCUACGGUGUCUCCCUCAUGUCUGAACACCCCAGUGCUGGAGAGGUGUGGAGCGACGAUGUGCGCAAAUUGGCUGUGGUUCAUGAAACAGAGGGAUUACUUGGCUAUAUCUACUGUGACUUCUUCCACCGGCAAGACAAACCUCAUCAGGACUGUCACUUCACCAUCCGGGGUGGUCGCUGGUGCCAUGAAACAGGUCAGUACCAGCUGCCCGUCGUCGUGUUGAUGUUGAGCCUGCCUCACCCCACAAGAAGUGCCCCCACCCUGCUCUCUCCCGGCAUGAUGGAGAAUCUCUUCCACGAGAUGGGCCACGCCAUGCAUUCAAUGCUAGGACGCACUCGUUACCAGCAUGUUACAGGAACUAGAUGUGCAACAGAUUUCGCAGAAGUGCCCUCCAUCCUCAUGGAGUACUUUGCCGCAGACUAUCGGGUCGUCAGCCAGUUUGCACGUCAUUAUGAUACUGGACAGCCUCUUCCUGAGAGUAUGGUGACUCGUCUAUGUGAGUCCAAGAAGGUGUGCGGUGCUGCAGACAUCCAACUGCAGAUUUUCUAUGCUGCACUGGACCAGAUUUACCAUGGAAAACCCCAAAAUCACUCGACCACUGAAAUCCUGAAGGAAAUGCAACAGAAAUUCUACGGCUUGCCUUACAUUCCCAAUACGGCAUGGCAACUGAGAUUUAGCCAUCUCAUCGGUUAUGGGGCCAAAUACUAUUCUUACCUCAUGUCCCGAGCUGUGGCCUCCAUGGUGUGGAAGCAGUGUUUUCUUCAGGAUCCUUUAAACAGGGACAUGGGUGAGCGUUACCGUCGAGAGAUGCUAGCCCAUGGAGGAGCCAAGGAGCCCAUGUUAAUGGUGGAAGGUAUGCUUCAAAGGCGGCCCACCAUAGAGGACUUUGUGGAGGCGCUGGUGUCGGAGCUCCAUCCAAACUUUGAGACGUUCAUUAUGGACUCUGAAAGCUGAAAUGUGCUUUUUGGGGGGGCACAAGGACAUUUGCUAGAUGAAUAAAAUGUAAGUGUCCCACAAUAUGUGGGGAUACAUGCAAGGCCUUCCUACCUAAUCUAUAAUUAUUAUAAAUGUAAGAACUUUA